AGGAUGAGCAACAGGCGAUCAGAGAGUAGCACAACAGAACAGAGUUCACCAUUUACUGUUAGACAGCAGUACUUGUGUGAAGCCUUUAUGGUUUAGUGUAGUCUGUUUUUGAACAAGUGGUACUUGCCAAAGGUAACUUUAUAUACGUUGUUUCUAUAGAAUAACGUGGUUUAUUCGAGGUCGUGGCAUGGAUGAGGUACGGCCUACCAGUGGUGCACAAGCCCACGGGCUGGUGCCGCUGUUUCCUCCUGGGCUGCAGGCUAUUUAUGGGGAAUGUCGGCGACUUUAUCCCGACCAGGCCAACCCGCUUCAAGUAACAGCCAUUGUAAAAUACUGGCUGGGUGGACCAGACCCGUUAGACUACAUCAGUAUGUAUAGGAAUAUAGGCUGUCCAGCUCAGGACGUCCAGGAGCAUUGGCACUAUGUCAGCUUUGGACUGAGUGAUCUGUAUGGGGAUAACCGUGUUCAUGAAUUUACAGGGCCAGAUGGACCAAGUGGGUUUGGCUUUGAGCUCACUUUUAGACUCAAACGAGAGGUGGGGGAGACAGCACCUCCAACAUGGCCAGCUGAGCUCAUGCAAGGUUUGGCUCGCUAUGUCUUCCAGUCAGAAAACACAUUUUGUAGCGGUGACCAUGUAUCGUGGCACAGUCCACUAGACAACAGCGAAUCUCGUAUCCAGCAUAUGUUGCUUACAGAAGACCCACAGAUGCAACCAGUUCAGACACCGUUUGGCUCAGUGAGCUUUCUCCAGAUUGUGGGAGUUUGUACAGAGGAACUGCAGGCGGCCCAACAGUGGAAUGGACAGGGUAUCCUGGAGCUGAUGCGUGGAGUCAGAGUGGCUGGUGGCCCCUGGCUAAUCACUGACAUGAGGAGAGGAGAGACUAUUUUUGAAAUUGAUCCACAACUACAACAGGAGAGAGUGGACCAGGGCAUUGAGACAGAAGGCUCUAACCUGAGUGGGGUCAGCGCCAAGUGUGUGUGGGAUGAUCUGAGUCGGCCGCCAGAGGAUGAGGAGGACAGUCGAUCGAUCUGCAUUGGAUCACAGCCACGCAGGCUCUCAGACAAAGACACAGAGCAGAUCAGGGAGACCCUGAGAAAAGGAUUGGAGUUUAACACCAAAGCAGCCCUACCACCCAUCAGCAGUCAGAAACAGAACCACGAGAGACCACAGAGUCGGAAGGACAGUUUGGAGAGUGAGAGCUCAGCAGCUAUUGUUCCUCAUGAGUUAGUCCGAACACGACAGUUGGAGAGUGUUCAUUUGAAAUUCAACCAAGAGUCAGGCACACUGUUGCCCCUCUGCUUACGGGGGCGGUUGCUCCAUGGGAGACACUUCACAUAUAAAAGUAUCAAUGGCGACACGGCCAUCACAUUUGUGUCUACAGGAGUUGAAGGUGCUUUUGCUACUGAAGAGCAUCCCUAUGCAGCCCAUGGCCCCUGGCUUCAGAUUUUGUUGACUGAAGAGUUUGUGGAACAGAUGCUUGGGGAUUUACAGGAACUCAACACUCGUGAUGAGACAAAGUUACCAAAGGAGUACAGUUGGCCAGAAAAGAAGCUGAAAAUCUCUGUUCUACCAGACUCUGUGUUUGAUAACCCGCUGCAGUGAGACUGAGACAAUUGCUCUUUCGAAAAUGCCAA